UUUUUUUGCCUUAUUCCUUGCUUAAAAGUCGAAUAACUUACACGGUUCGUUCGUAUUGUGGCAAGCAUUGCAAGAUUUUACUAAUUUGUGUAGUUUAUUCAGUUUUCAAAUUUAGUAUUUUUAAUUAAAAGAUUAGUAAUAUUAAAUUAAAUUUAAUAAACAGAAAAAAAAAUAAUUAGUGCAAAAUGUUCAAAUUAGCGUUAUUUGUAUUUGCGGCGGUGAUUGCCACAAUUUCAGCCGAUGCCGAUGGUGAUAUUAAAAUUGAAGAUGGAGUUUUAGUUUUGACAAGCAAAAAUUUUAACUCAGCCAUUAAUGAUAACAAAUAUAUUUUAGUAGAAUUUUAUGCUCCAUGGUGCGGUCACUGUAAAGCUUUAGCACCAGAAUAUGCAAAAGCAGCACAAAGUCUUAAAGAAAAAGAAUCAGAAAUAAAAUUAGCUAAAGUUGAUGCAACCGAAGAAAGUUCAUUGGCUGAAAUAUAUCAAGUACGUGGUUAUCCAACAUUGAAAUUCUUCCGUGAUGGUACACCAAUUGAAUAUACUGGUGGACGUCAAGCAAGUGAUAUUAUUUCAUGGGUUACUAAAAAAGCUGGAUCACCUGUUAAAGAAGUAGAUAGUGUCGAUGAUGCUGCUGAUGUUAUUAAAAAUAAUGAAAUUGUUGUCAUUGGCUUCUUUAAGGACCGUGAAAGUGAAGCAGCUAAAACUUUUGUUUCAGUUGCCAAUUCAUUAGAUAGUUUCAUAUUUGCAAUUACAAGUAAUGAUGAUGUUUAUAGCGAAUAUGAAGCAAAAGAUGGAAGUAUUAUGUUAUUCAAACCAUUCGACGAAAAGAAAGCUGUCUUUGAAGGCGAAUCAUCAUUAGAAAAUCUUAAAAAAUUCAUUUCAGUUCAAUCUUUACCAUUAAUUAUUGAAUUUAAUCAUGAAUCUGCAACAAAAAUUUUCGGUGGUUCAAUUAAAUCUCACUUAUUAUUCUUCUUAUCAAAAUCUGCUGGUCAUAUUGAAAAAUAUGUUGAACCAUUACGUAAUUUGGCUAAACAAUUCCGUGAUGAUGUAUUAUUUGUUACAAUUAGUUCUGAUGAAGAAGACAAUCAACGUAUAUUUGAAUUCUUUGGUAUGAGCAAAGAUGAAGUACCAACAUUACGUUUAAUUAAAUUAGAAGAAGAUAUGGCCAAAUAUAAACCAGAAUCAAAUGAUAUUAAUGAAGAAACUGUUAAAGAAUUUAUACAGAAAUUCUUAGAUGGAAAACUAAAACAACAUUUAUUAAGUCAAGAAGUACCAGAAGAUUGGGAUAAAGCACCAGUUAAAGUUUUAGUUUCAAAGAACUUUGAUGAAGUUGCAUUUAAUAAAGAUAAAGAUGUUUUAGUUGAAUUCUAUGCUCCAUGGUGCGGACAUUGUAAACAAUUAGCUCCAAUUUAUGAACAAUUAGGAGAAAAAUAUAAGGAUCAUGAAUCAAUUGUUAUUGCUAAAAUGGAUGCUACAGUAAAUGAAUUAGAACAUACAAAAGUUGUUUCAUAUCCAACAAUUAAAUUAUACCGUAAAGGAGAUAAUGAAGUGAUCGAUUAUAAUUUGGAUAGAACUUUGGAUGAUUUUGUUAAAUUCUUAGAAUCUGGAGGCUCAGUAUCAGAAGAAGAAGAAGAAGAAGUGGAAGCAGCUGAUGCAGAAAAAGUUGAAAAAGAUGAAUUGUAAAUUAAAGAAAAUAAUUAUUUAGAGUUAUAUUUCAUAUUGAAAACAUUCUUAAAACAACAGAAUUAAAAAACCUUCAUUGAACAUCCCGUACUUAUAACAACAGUAAUGAUAAAAUAUUAAAAAAAAAAAAACAGAAAACAAAAAAUAAUAAUAAUAAAUAGUUGUUCUAAAUUUGUGUUUCUUUAUUUUUGUUUAUUUUAAUUCUAUAUUUUUUUUUUUAAUUGUAAUAUUUUAUUAAUAAUUGUCUUCUUGUUAUAUACGUUCAUCUUAUACUUAAAAUAUUCAGUAGGAACCAAUUUGAUAAACAAAAAAUAUAUGAUAUAUUUUUUUUUUUUUUUUUGGUUUUGUGUAUGUUAAGACAGUUUUCGUAAUUAAAAAAAUUAAUAAAAAUAGUAAAUGAUUAUAAAAAGGUAAAAAUAAAAAAAAAAUAAAUAUAAUAAUAAAAAUAAACAAAAACGACGUAAAAAAAUACUAUUUUUGUACUUGACUGAAAAAAAGAUAGAAAAAAUAAACGUUACA